AUGAAACAACCACUGGGUAGUGUUAUCACCAGCGAUGCCUCAGGGCCAAUUCCUGCAGCUGAAAGAUUAUGUGCUCUGGAUCAGUCCAAUGAUUCAUCGUCCCUAGGAAUACAAGACUCAACUACAGUACAACAACAACUCCUACAAACGCAGCGUCUGUUGCCGUUCAUCUCCUCCUCGCAACAGGUCCAGAACAAUCGAAUUCCUCAUUCUUCCCUGACUCCCAGAGGGUCCUCCAUGAUUUCAAAGCGUAGCUCCUCUUGCGAGUCUCUCCGUACAGAGCCAUCACCCAUGAUGCGACUCCUUUCAAGACAGAGCCCCAAUCUGCAGCUGCCGUCCUUCGAAUCUUUAGGCAUAGCCACUUCCCCAAGAACACCUAAUCCUCCGACUUCCUCCCUUCAAAAUUCUGCAAGACCCCCAUUUAUCACUUGCAAACCAUCCACCAUUGCUAUUCACACACCAUCGCCAUCCUAUGCCUUCUCUGAAUCACAUUCUUCGCUCCCCUACAGCCGUUCUCUCUCCCUACCUCUUACACCUCCCGAGGAAACAGGAUCUGUCAAAUGGAAUCCGGAAUCGGAUAGCCCAAUCUCUGAUAUACAUUCGAGUGCCAACCGACAUUCGCCAUCACAAUUAGACAAUUUCACGAACGUGGAUUCACAUUCUCCAAAGGGGAGCAAUGGUCAAGUUCCAGACUCGACUUCACAGACCGUACGAUCGAAUGGGGCCAUACAACCAACCAUGGAGCAGAAUUCGUUCGCUAAUGACGAUCCGAAGUUAUGGCUUAAAAAUGGGAUUGAACUUGCCGUGUCUUCACUUAACAUUUCGAAAACACCGGGUCAAGCUGUACAGAUGGUGUCUCAAACGCUGCCAUGCCCUCCUAUCGACCAAACCCCAAUCUCGUCCCCUGUUUCUGCAUUCAGCGUAAUUGUCGAGGAAAUCCAAUGUCGACUCCAAGCUGACCAAUCCCCGUAUAUCAACAUUAUUCAUGCUGUGCCCCCGAAAUUCAGUUUAAAUAAUUUGCCGACUUCUCCACCCGGUACUCCAAACCGAAUGUCUCCAGAUGACGACUACUUCAAUAUGACUGUGUUUUCUAGUGGUGCUCCAGUUCCUGCAUAUGCCUAUCAUAGUGACUCCACUUCACAGGAUUUGCCAUGUGUCCCAGCACCAAUUGCACCCCCAUAUAGUGUGCACAUCUCCAUAGUCGAACGUUAUCUUCCUCCACCAUCACCUCAAGAAUACCGGAAUCUUUUCUCAGCCACUGGUCCGUCCGUUCUCGUGGAUCGCCUGCGUGAACUGUCGCCUCAGGGCGGCAACCUCGUGUUGAUAUAUCCAACCCAACAAGGCGCCCGCACAUUCAAAAAUCAAUACCUGGGUCCAAUCCUUGACCCCCUUCUUCGUCAAAUGGUUGUGGUCAAUGAAUUGUCUGCAGACAUUAGCAAAGCUCUUGGCUCUAUGCCUGCCAUCGCUGAAAUGGAUGAUUUUGAAACUAUGCAGAAAAAUAUCAUGCAGCUCUGCAAAAACCUAAAGCGGCGAGACUCCUUAAUGGCCGGCCCAUCACCGACUCGCAGUUCUCGUUUUACCGUGGUAUAUGGUGCCAAGGGUGAAAUCUGUAUGGAUCGCAAAUCGUGGAUUGAAUGGUAUAUUCAGCAGGAAACGCCAAGGGCGAGGGACAUCCUAAAUGGUUACUGGCGGGCCGGUUACCAAUUUCCAACCAACCUCAUGCUUUCGCCGGGUAGCCGUAAGCCGGCGAAUCGGGAUUUAUCUAGCCCAUCGCUUUUGCAGGCUCUUUUCCAGGGGCUCCGGAAUAGGGCAGAUGCCGAUGGAUCCUGUCUUGGGAAAAACUUAGAGGUUGGCGUAUUUGUUAUUCGCAGAUCGCAGUAG